GAUUUCGAUAGCAAUCAGUGUUUUGUGUUUUGUUUGCCAUUUAAUCCCAAAUCACGUGUCCUUCCGCACAGCGGAUCCACUCCACAGAUGGCCGCCAAUAUCAACCACAACAGCAAUGUCUCGGCGCCGCUCUCCACAUACCAACACCUGAUGAGUCGAUCCCAAGAACUGAGUUAUGUGCAAGCCCUGAAGACGCAUCAGAUGACGCGUUUGGAUCACAUCCGCAACGAGACCCAGAAGUUGGACAACCACUUGACGGCUCUUCGCAAAGACGUCCAACUCUUGGAGUCGCAGAGACGGCGCACGACUGCCGACAAGUGGACGACGCAAGUGACGGCUCUGCGCGAAGACAACCGCGCGCUGCGCAUCGAAUGCCACUGUCUGUCGAUGGAAGUGGAUUUGUACGCCUCCGGAGGAAUGCCUUUGGGCGUCACCGACGAGAACUUCUACAAGAAUGUGCCGCAAGGGCCGUACGGUCAGCGCCCGCAGCCGCAGCCGUCCACGAGUCGCCGUCCGGCGCGACCCCCAUAUCCCGUGCAGCCGAUGGCCGGGCGUCAACAACCGCCGGCCCAACCGCCCACUUACGAGGAGUCCGUGUAUUACCCGCCGCCGCGAUUCGGGAACUGCGCGCCGAACCCCGACCUCUUGUCGCGAGUGCCGCCCGCGCCGCGACCCGUGUGGUUGGUGUCGCCCACAAUGGAGUCCAACACCAUUGCGCCCAACAAUCUGUUCGUGAGGACUCAGAGUGUGAGUCCGCAAAGUCCGUCCCAAUUGCCGCCUCAACUGCCGCCGCGACCGAACACCACUUCGCCGCGCCUUCCCGUCAGAGAGAACCCGAUGGCGGCGGUCGUGGACGACAGCGGUCAGCCGCGGUGGGUGUGCCAGAAGUGUACGGUGGAGAACCACCCGGCGCUCAACUACUGCGAGCUGUGCGAAAUGCCCAGACACUCGUGA